GACAACUUCUCCGCCUGCUUGUUAUUUUGGUUCCUAUCAUCUGAAACUCGAUUGCCUUAACCUUCUGUUGUCAAUAUCCUCUUAUCGCCAUGGCAUCACAAACAAUGAAUUCGUCAAUGCAACCCACUGACGUUUAUGGAGGAGAUGAAGUAUCAGCCAUUGUCAUUGACCCGGGAUACUCAAGUAUACGCGCCGGAUUUGCAGGAGAAGAUACCCCCAAAUCAUUCAUCAACUCACAUUAUGGUGUUCGUGAUGGAGAAUCAUUUUAUGGCGACAAUGCGAUUCACAACCCCAGCGCGAACCUCGAAAUCCGCAAUCCAAUGAACAAGGAUGGAAUUGUUGAAGACUGGGAUACUGCGGAACAGUUAUGGAAGUAUGCUAUUACUUCACGACUUACGAGCUUCAAGCAGGCGGAUCCUAGAACCAACGGACUAAAUGAUCGACCAGAGGAGAUGGAGGUUGAUAUGGAUGUGGAUGCGCAAGAGAAACCUUUGGAAGAACACCCUCUGUUAAUGACAGAAACCGCAUGGAAUACAGCUAAAUCUCGAGAGAAGGCUAUUGAAGUAGCUAUGGAAUCUUGGGGAAGCCCCGCCUUUUGGCUCGCACGAAACAGUGUCCUCGCAGCAUUUGGAGGCGGCAAGGCAACAGCGUUGGUGGUCGAUGUCGGAGCAUCAAAUGCAUCAGUUAUCGCCGUACACGAUGGACUUGUACUCAAAAAAUCAGUGCAGAGGUCCCCUCUCGCUGGCAACUGGGUAUCCUCCCAAAUCCGCGCCAUGUUCAACACCGUAGAACCCAAAGUCGAGCUCACUCCGCAUUUUAUGAUCUCAUCCAAAACUCCCGUUGACGCAGGUGCUCCAGCACAGGCCACAUACCGCAAUUUCAAAAUUCCGCCCACGCCUAGUUUCCGCGCUUUAGAAGAAGAGCGUGUCUUAACAGAAUUCAAAGAAUCGGUUGUGCAAGUCUGGAGCGGGCCAAAUCGUCUGAAUGCUCCUACCGGACCCGGAACUUUAACCACGAACGUGGAUUAUGCGAAACAACAACCGGGUCGGGUAUUCGAGAUGCCAGAUGGUUCAAAUCAGAUGUGGGGUGUAGAGCGAUUUAAUGUUACAGAAGGCAUGUGGGACGAAAAGGUUGCGAUACCUGUAGACAACGAGUCUGCUCCCACAAAAGCCCAAACUCUCCCCGAGAUGAUCAAAGCUUCUAUUGCAGCGGUUGAUAUGGAUUUACGGUCGCAUUUGUUGCAGAACAUUAUCGUCACAGGUGGGAGUACGCUACUUAACGGAUUCACAGAUCGUUUGAAUAACGAAUUAUCGCUUCUAUACCCGGGUGCUAGAAUCAAGUUGCAAGCUGCAGGUCUUACACAAGAGAGAAGAUUUGGUUCGUGGAUUGGAGGUAGUAUCUUGGGAAGUUUGGGAACCUUCCAUCAAAUGUGGAUUUCAAGGAAGGAAUACGAGGAAUUUGGUGCCAGUAUUGUGGAGAAAAGAUGCAAAUAAACAUACUUUCUAUUCCCACGGUUGUUGCAGAAAGCCAAAAGUUAUUCUUUAAAUCUAUGGUGGUAUGGAAUGAAAGUGGAAGGUGGGAAUUGGACUGGCGUUGGGGGAGUUUCA